GAGGAAGUCACGGGAGGGGCGCGCAAGGCGACGAAAAGCAAACUUUUUGAGUUUCUGGUCCAUGGGGUGCGUCCUGGGAUGCCAUCUGGUGCUCGAAUGCCCCAUCAGGGGGCUCCCAUGGGUCCCCCAGGCCCACCCUAUGUGGGGAGCCCCUCCGUGCGCCCUGGGAUGCCCCCAGCAGUGAUGGAACCGGCUCGCAAGCGGGCGGCCCCGCAGCAGGCCCCGCAGCAGGCGGCACAACAACAGGCAGCCCAGCAGCAGGCGGCCCAGGCGACCCAGAGCCGGCCCAGGAGUGCCAAGAGGAGGAAAAUGGCUGACAAAAUCCUCCCUCAGCGGAUUCGGGAGCUGGUCCCUGAGUCCCAGGCGUACAUGGACCUCUUGGCCUUUGAGCGCAAACUGGACCAGACCAUCAUGCGAAAGCGAGUGGACAUCCAGGAGGCCCUGAAGAGGCCCAUGAAGCAAAAACGCAAGUUGCGCCUUUACAUCUCCAACACAUUCAACCCUGCCAAAUCGGAUGCAGACGACUCUGAUGGCAGCAUCGCCUCCUGGGAGCUGCGGGUGGAGGGCAAGCUCUUAGACGACCUCAGUAAGCAGAAGCGAAAGUUUUCCUCUUUCUUCAAGAGUUUGGUCAUUGAGCUGGACAAGGAUCUCUAUGGACCGGACAAUCACCUGGUGGAGUGGCACCGGACUCCCACCACCCAGGAGACGGACGGCUUCCAGGUGAAGAGGCCGGGGGACGUCAGCGUGCGCUGCACACUCCUGCUCAUGCUGGACUACCAGCCACCACAAUUUAAACUUGACCCCCGCUUGGCGCGCCUGUUGGGGAUCCACACGCAGACACGCUCCGCCAUCAUCCAGGCGCUGUGGCAGUACAUCAAGACCAACAAGUUGCAAGACUCCCACGACAAGGAGUACAUCAACUGUGACAAGUAUUUCCAGCAGAUCUUCGACUGCCCACGGCUCAAAUUUUCUGAGAUCCCACAGAGACUCACUAACCUGCUGCUGCCACCAGACCCCAUUGUCAUCAACCACAUCAUCAGUGUGGACCCCAAUGACCAGAAGAAGACGGCUUGCUAUGACAUCGACGUGGAAGUUGAGGAUCCCUUGAAAGGACAGAUGAGCGGCUUCCUUCUCUCCACUGCAAAUCAGCAAGAGAUCACAGCCCUGGACAACAAGAUUCAUGAGACAAUCGAAUCCAUCAACCAGUUGAAGAUACAGCGAGACUUCAUGUUGAGCUUCUCCAAAGACCCCAAAGGGUACAUCCAAGAUCUUCUGCGGUCUCAGAGCAGGGACUUGAAGGUGAUGACGGAUGUGGUUGGGAAUCCCGAGGAAGAGCGGCGAGCCGCGUUCUACCAUGAGCCCUGGUCCCAGGAGGCUGUAAGCAGAUACUUCUACUGUAAGAUCCAGCAGCGACGGCAGGAGCUGGAACAGUCACUUGGGGUGCGCAACACAUAAGCUGCUGAGGCAGGGUCUCCCGGGGUGCAUCACGUACCCCUUCGA